AUGAGUAAAGCACCUGAUAAGCAAAACCAUAAUCCAGCUUUUAUUGGAUACCCUAAAUCUACUAUUGUACUUGCUACCUUAUUAUUAGGUUCAUUAUAUACUAUUGCUACUGCAGACAAAACUUCGAAACAAAUUCAGGUUGUUUGCGCAAUUAUAGCAGCAAUUGCAGUUAUGGUAAUAAUAAGUUCAUUUGUGGCCAUUUUCUGCAAUAGAAAUGACAAAAAAGAUGUAGCUAACCAGACAAAUGCUGUUGGUACAAACAGCAAUGUAGCUAAUGCAAGUACACAGAUAAGUUUUGCUGAAAGGGGUACACAGACAGACAAUACAAAGAAAAGUGUAGUUGAUAGGGGUACACAGACAGAUGAUAUACAGAUAAGUGUAGUUGAGAGGGGUACACAGAUAGAAACAAAAAAGAUGCAGGAAAAUGUACAAGCACAACAAGCAACUUCUCAAACUAACAAUAGACCUCUUUCAAAAUUCAUAUCAUCAACUCAAAAUUGUAAAUUCCAGCAAUUAAAUUGA